AUGGCUCGCACUAGACAAGCUAGAACUAUUGAAGAUUAUUUGGCUGAUGUUCAAGAUGGUAUACAACGAAUUUUAGCACAAUUCACACCAACAAACCGCCUCCGCAUACCUACUGAAAGAUUGGUCAAUGGGAUUGAUGGAUCAUUAAAUAAUAUUAGACGCCUCACUGGAGACUUGCGUCAAAACCAUGCUCAACUCAAUACACGCCAUAAUACAUUACGACAAAAUUUUGAUAAUAUCAGAAAUGAGCGAGAUGCUUUACGAGCUCAAACAAAUCUCGAUCAACAGAAUCUCAAUAUAUUUGGCCAACAAAAUAUUAUAUUGCGAAGGCAGUUAGAGGAGAUAGAAAAAUCUCGCAAUUUUUGGAAAUUGAAUGCUAUCUAUAUCAAAGCUCAAAAAGAUAGGCACAUUAGCGAUCGAUUAUCGUCAUAUCUAGCUGGCACUGGUAUAAAUCCAGUUGGAGCUCGAGAUCAAGCAUUUGGUAUUCUUCGGGGAUGUUUAUCUGGGCGAGCAUUAGAAUGGUUUGAUCGAAAAAUUCUUGGUAAGCGUUGGGAACUUCAUAAUAUUUUUGCAAAUCAUGGUCAGGCUGGUAUGGGUAAUCUCCGGGCUCGCACUAUGGCACAAAUGAAUACUAGCAAUAGUUUUAGAAACCCUUCAAUCGCUCACGACUAUGCGAAUAUUGCUGGUAAUAAUGCAGUAACAGUAGGAGUUUCAAUGAUUCCAGCUGAAGCUUUUACUGAAGAUUGGCGCUUAGCUGGGGGGCAACCAUCAGAUAGACCUGUUAAUGCAAUAAAUGCUGGUAAUAACAAUCCAAUAGUAUUUGGAGAUAUUCGAAUUGGUCAAGCAUUAUAUUGGCUUAGAACUCAAUAUCCCACAGUAAUUAGUGAGAAACGCAAUUUAGUUUAUGGAUCAUUAGUUCAGGGGAGUGAACCUAUAGGAGAAUUUUACUCAAAACUCUUAAAAUAUGGGAAAAUGCUUAAUCUUGACGAGCAACAAAUUAAGGGUCAAUUUCUACGAGGUCUAUCUCCAGACUUGGAGGACGAUGCAGAGCGCAUAGGACAGCAGACCUUGAAGAAACCCCCUGGACCAGGAAAACGAAAAGCUGAUGAUCUUGCUAUAGACCGUUUUUUAGAAAGUUUACCGGAUAAGACAGGUUUACCAGGAGAAGAUUAUGACUAUGAUCCGGUUGAAGAUUUGAGAUUACAGUUUGAGCAGUUGGAUAUCAAUCAAGCAAAAUUAGCUCGAGUUAAAUUAAUUGAGCUCAAUAAAAAGUUGCAACUUCAUAUAAAUAAUCCUGAGAAAGUUGCCAAUAGUGAUAUACUAUGCGGGAUACAAAAUACUCUAGAAAAAGCAAAGAUUGAUUAG